UUGAGAAGCAUGGGAACGGGCUGGAGCAUCAUCGUCUGGUCCAUCAUCAUUCUAUUGCCAAUCCUGCUCCUCCGCCGGGGAAAGCGCGCCGGCGGCAGGCUGCCACCGGAGCCGCCGGGAUGGCCGUUGUUCGGCCACAUGUUCCAUCUCGGUUCGAUGCCGCACCACACCAUAGCCGGCUUCCGAGACCAGUACGGCCCCAUCGUUUGGCUCAGGCUGGGCUCCAGAAACGCCAUGGCGAUCCUAUCAGCCAAGGCCGCCGGCGAGCUGUUCAAGAACCACGACCUGGCCUUCGCCGAGCGGACCAUCACCCAGCUCAUGGAGUCGCACGGAUUCCACAAGGCGGCCCUCUCGCUGGCCCCCUACGGGCCGUACUGGCGGCUGCUCCGACGCAUCUGCACCACGGAAAUGCUGGUGGCUAGAAGGAUCAACGAGACGGUGGCCGUCAGGCAGAAGUGCGUCGCCGACAUGCUGACGUGGAUAGAGGCGGAAGCGAUGAAUGGGGACGCGGCGGCCCGUGGGGUUCACGUGGGGCGUUUCGUGUUCCUGGCGGCGUUCAACACGCUCGGAAAUCUGAUGCUGUCGCGUGACUUGGUGGACCCGCAGUCGGAGGUGGCGUCGGAGUUUUUCCAAGCGAUGAUCGGAUUGAUGGAGGGCCACAACCGGCCGAAUAUCGCGGACUUGUUUCCAUGGCUGAGAUGGCUGGACCCUCAGGGUCUGAGGAAGAAGAUGGAUUCUGAGCUCGAGAAAACCUUGAAGAUAGCUUCUGGGUAUGUGAAGGAACGCUUGAAAGAACGGGAGGCCGGCGCCGGCACCAGCGACGAGAAGAAAAGGAAGGAUUUCUUGGAUGUUUUGCUGGAUUAUGAAGGUAAUGGCAAGGAUGAGCCGGCUAAAAUACCAGUGGAAAAUCUCAGCAUCUUCAUACUGGAAAUAUUUCUAGCAGGAUCAGAAACAACUAGCAGCGCUAUAGAAUGGGCAAUGACAGAGCUUCUGUGCCAUCCGGAGGCCCUUAUGAAAGCCCAAUCGGAGCUUCAUGCGGUCGUCGGAGCCAACGGCAAGAUGGAAGAGAGCCACAUCGAGAAACUGCCAUACUUACAGGCGAUAGUGAAAGAAACCAUGAGGCUGCACCCUCCGAUCCCGCUGCUCAUCCCCCGGAAGGCCGUGCAGGACGCGGACUUCCUCGGAUACCGCAUCCCCAAGGACACGCAGGUCUUCGUCAACGCCUGGGCCAUCGGAAGAGACUCGGAGUGCUGGGAGGAGGCCACGGUUUUCCGGCCGGACAGGUUUCUGGAUUCGAAGGUGGAUUACAAGGGCCAGAAUUAUGAGCUUUUGCCAUUCGGAGCUGGCCGUAGAAUGUGUGCCGGCGUUCCGCUGGCUCACAGGAUGCUGCAGCUUGUGUUGGGGUCUUUAUUGCAUGAGUUUGACUGGGAGCUCGAGGAUGGAGUUUCUGGUGAGAGUAUGGAUCGGAGGGAGGCGAUGGGGGUAACCGCCAGAAAACUUGAACCACUCGUGGCGGUGGCGAGGAAGAAGAUAAAGGGGAAGAAGAAGAAUGUUGUGUGAAUUGUUCUGCUGAAUUAACUGUGGGGUUGUUUACGGGUAGUAGUAAUUGGAGAUCUCUAGUUUAAAUUUUAGUUAUUUCUCUAGUAAAUUUGAAUAGUAUAAUAUAAUUUAUCUACUAAAAAGAUUGUUGUUGUUGUUGUCAUCGUCAAAAUAUAACAAUAAAUUUAUAGUUGUGAAAGUGUUCGUGUUCCACCUCUAAUCUAAAAAAACUUAUACCUUAUUUAUAGAGAUUGUGACUAUCAAAUAAAA